AAUGCUUUGGAACGAGGUUCUACCAGCAUGAGUGGCCGAAUUUGCUGAAACAAGGCCUAAGUAACUUUUGUAAGAGAAACUGCUUUGUCGAGGAAACAAUGGGUAGUUACUGUUGCAUCAAAGUUCUGUUUUUGUUUGUUUUUAAGUUGUCAUUAUUUCAAAGUGUGUUGUCAACUCAAAUUAGAGGUGUGCCAACAUCAAAGUUAUCAUUUUAUGACCCAUCAAAGGACUUCACUUGCUUAGAUGGAACUGUCACUCUGCCAUUCAGCUAUGUUAAUGAUGAUUAUUGCGACUGCCCAGAUGGAUCCGAUGAGCCAGGGACAUCUGCCUGUCCAAAUGGUAGGUUUACAUGCAAGAACCUUGGGCAUAUUCAAUUAGAACUUCAAUCAGGAAGAGUUAAUGAUGGAGUCUGUGAUUGCUGCGAUGGAACAGAUGAGUAUGACAGUGAUGCCACUUGUUCUAAUAUUUGCCAAGAAGCAGGAAAAGCUGAAAAAGAGAGACGUGAAAAAGAGAAACUUGUUUCACAGCAGGGAUAUGAAGUCAGAAUGGAAUAUGCACAGAAAGGAAAAGCCAAGAAAGAAUCCAUUGAGAAUGAACAGAAUGAUCUUAAGACAAAGUUAUCUGAAAACAAAGGAAAACUGGAAGAAAUGAAAGCUGCCAAAGAGAGAGCCGAGUCUUUUGAGAAGGAAGCUAAAGAACAACAAGACAAAGAAUUCGAAGAGCUAGAGAAAUUGAGAACUGCAGAAGAGAACCUCAAGAAAUCAGAAGAUGCAUUCUCUAAAUUGGAUAUUGAUGGGAAUGGAAUGGUUUCUGUCUCUGAAUUCGUCUCAAGUACCUUGACUUCUGAUGAGGCUACUGAAGAAAAGAUUAAAGAGAAGUUCUCGGGCGAGGAACAAAUCGAUAAACUCAAACUGUAUGAGCUAUGGCCAACUAUUAACGAUUUGUUUAUUGAAAAGCCUGUGGAAGACAUUAAGAACGAACAACCGAAAGACGAACAAGCGGAAGUAAAGGAAGAGAGUGAGGCAGACGAGCGCAAGGUUACUGAUUUCCCAGGAGAAGAUCACGGCGAAGAUGAUGAUCAUGAUGACAACGAUGAUGAUGAGCUUGGAGAAACCACGCAGCCAUCGCCGUUUCCACCUCCGUCUGAAGCAGAGGCUAAAGGAGAAUCCCCAAAAGACAAACCUGAGUACAGUGAAGAAACUAAAAGACUUAUAUCAAUUGCUGAUCAAGCCAGGAAGGAAUUUUCUGAAAUCGAAUCUGAGAUUAGCAGCCUGGAGUCAAAAAUAUCAAACAAUGACAAGCUCCUUUCCAUUGAUUUUGGUCCAAACAACGAGUUCUUGGCGCUUUACGGAGAAUGUUUUGAAUACGACGACAGAGAAUAUACAUACAAGCUGUGCCCAUUCAACAGCGCAACGCAGUCCUCGAAGUCAGGUGGAUCUGAUACUAGCUUAGGAUCUUGGGGUGAGUGGCACGGCUCUCCAGAUCUCUACACCAAAAUGAAAUAUAAAGAUGGCUUGUCGUGUUGGAAUGGACCAAACCGCUCCGCCGAUAUCACGGUCAGCUGUGGAGCGAAAAACGAGAUAGUUUCAGUUUCGGAGCCGAAUAGAUGCGAAUAUGUAAUGGAGUUCAAAACACCAGCCAUUUGUAAUGACCCUGCUCACGAACAGCAUCAGCAUGAAGAACUAUAGGAAAUAAUUUUUAAGUAUAAGAGUAUUAAAUUCAAAACAUCCUUUUCGUUAUUA